AUGAAGUGCCCCGAUAUCACGCUUAUUCUCUGCCUAUCUUUGCACUGGAUAAAAUUGUUCUUCUCACCGCAGCUCUCAAACUCACGGACGAUGUGGCUAGUUAUUUCGCUCCUACUGCUCGCGCAAGAGUUGGCAACGCCGCUGGAGCAUGUCGACUCCUUCGUUAAACUCACCGAAGACCUUCGAGCUCACUUCAGACUUUCCUGUGUAACUUUGGUGCACUCCCGUCCAGACGCCGAGUGGGCGCUGGGGCUGCUGGCGCCGCUGGGGCGGCGCGCGCUGCCCGUGGUGGUGCGGAGCUUCGACGCCGGCCCUCCGCCUGCAGCGCUCGCCGCCGACCCGCGCCCCGGGCCAGGCGCCGACCUCGCGCCCAAGAAGAAGAAGAAGAAGAAAAGAAGAAAAAGAAGAAGAAGAAAGAGGCGAAAAAACAAGAAAGAGAAAAAGAAGAAAGAGAAGAAGAAGAAGAAGAAGAAGAAGAAGAAGAAGAAAGAUAAGAAGAAGAAAGAUAAAAAGAAGAAGGAGAAGAAGAAGAAGAAAGAAAAGAAGAAGAAGAAGAAAGAUAAUAAUAAGAAGAAGAAAGAUAAAAAGAAGAAGAAGAAGAAGAAGAAGAAGAAGAAGAAGAAGAAGAAGAAA